UGUUGUGGAGGGCUCCCGAACGGGCCCUAAGCCUAAUUAUCUAAGCCACCGGCGCUCGCGCCGCCGCCAGCAGGUCGCCUCGCCAGCGCCGGAGACGGAGAGGCUACCGAGAUUUACUCCUUCUCCAGCGCCGCGCGAAAUUGAGCCUGCAGCCGCCCCGCAGGCGUUCCCCCACGCCUGGAGUUGCAAUCGUCGGAGUUAAUAAGCAGCGGCUUGCCUCUGCCGGCGGAGGUGUCGGUGCUCACGAGCGACAGGUCGCGUGGCGCACGAAUACUACGGAGGUGCAGCGUAAGAUAAAUCAUGCUACUGAAUUCGCGGCCGUUUUGUCGCUCCUCAUUUACCUGCGUGCACAACCACGGGGAUGCUAGCAAUGCUUCUAGUAAGAAAACUUUCUGGAAAGGCUGUUUCAAAGUUCGAUAAGGUUGUUGUGCUGAAACCGCCUAAGAGGCCAUCAGGAUCUACCGCCGGUACAGCGUUGGGUUCUACUAGUAAGAUAGGCGACAUCGAAAAGUUUGCUCGGCUGGUCCAGAGCUGUGCUGAUGUUUGGUCUCUGAAGAAGCUCCAUGCUCGUGUUUUGGCUCAUGGAUUUGGCUGGGAUGUGGCACUUGGCUCUAAGAUUCUUGGCUCCUAUGCACAUUUAGGAGCCUUGCCAGAUUCAAGGCUUGUUUUUCAGAGGACUGUAAAUGAUGAUCUUGCACUAUGGAAUUCUGCCAUGGUCGAUUAUUUCAGAGCUGGUUACUUGGAAGAAGUUAUUGCUUUGUACAGGAGAUUGAAGUUGCAUCGGGUUUGUUUGGAUGGAAAAACUAUUACCUUUGGUUUGAAGAGCUGCACCGAGCUCAGGAAUUUGUUUCUGGGACAAGGAUUGCAUGUAGAUUCUCUGAAGCUUGGCCUGAGUGCGGAUAAAUUUGUAGGUUCCUCCCUCAUUGGGUUGUACUCCAAGCUUGGGAAGAUGGAUGAUUCACACAAAGUGUUCGAAGACAUCUCCGACAAGGAUAUUGUUGCUUACACUUCGAUGAUCUCUGGUUAUUCUGAUGUUGUGGAUUCGAUUGCGUGGAGUGCAUUCGAAAUUGCCGGUGAUAUGAUAAGGAAUGGCCUGGAAGUAAACCGUGUGACACUGGUAAGCUUAUUGCAAGUUGCUGGGAAUUUGGAAGCAAUCCGAGAGGGUAAAUCAGUGCACUGUUAUUCCAUAAGGAGAGGAAUUGGUGUCUCAGAUGAAGUCCUAGAGACAAGCCUUGUUGACAUGUAUGCUCGAUGUGAAGCUUAUGAUUUGGCAUCUGCCCUCUUGAAGAAUUCAAACGGAUCGGUGGCUUCAUGGAAUGCUGUGCUUUCUGGUCUGAUCAGAACUCAACAGAGUUGGGAUGCAAUCCAGCAUUUUUCUGUAAUGCUGCAUGACCAUAAAGUAACUCCAGAUUCAGUAACCUUUGCAAGUGUUCUUUCUGCCUGUGCUGAGCUAUGCUAUUCUGGCUAUGCAGCUAGUAUUCAUGCCUACUUGAUGAAAAGAACUAUACCUAUGGAUCUCGUUUUGACCACUGCUCUUAUUGAGGUGUACUCCAAGUGCAAAAGAGUUGCAAGAUCAAGGCAUCUCUUUGAUCAACUGACGGUUAAAGACACAGUCUCCUAUAACGCGAUGCUAUAUGGUUAUCUGCAAAACGGCAUGGCAGACGAGGCCACCGCAUUACUCAAUCACAUGAUGAAGGAAUGCAUGGCACCAAAUUCUGCAACUGUUCUUUGCCUGGUUGCAGCUUUUGCUGAUCAAAGAGAUUUAGUUAGAGGGAUGUGGAUUCACGGGGUCGCAAUUAGACAUGGCUUUUCUUCAGAUAUGGGUAUUGCAAAUCAAAUUCUACAUAUGUAUUCAAUCUGUAGAGAAAUAGUCGCGGCAAAGAUUGUAUUUGAUUCAUUGGAAAAGAGAAACUUGGUUUCAUGGACAGCCAUGAUGAAGGGAUUCUUAUCAUUGGGCCAAGGAGAUGAGGUGGUUCGCUUAUACCAAUUAAUGCAACAACAUGGGGAGAAGCCUGACUCCAUCACUCUUACCUAUGCAGUUCAGGCCGUUUCUCAGCUUGGGCAUCUGAAGGGUGUAAAACAAAUACAUUGUUUUGUUUACCAUGCCUUUAUUGAGAAAGAUGCAAUUAUCGCAAAUUCUUUGAUAACUGCAUAUGCUAAAUGUGGAAGGUUGGAUUUAUCAGAAGCUUUGUUCUAUAGUUUGGAGCACAAAAACCUAGAUUCAUGGAAUACAAUGAUCAGUGCUUAUGGGAUGCAUGGAUAUUAUAUUAAGGUUCUUGAAAUGUUUAAGAAGAUGGUAGAGAAAAAAAUUAAGCCUGAUGAGCUAUCAUUCUCUUCUGUGCUUUCUGCCUGCAGCCAUGCUGGUCUUGUUAAAGAGGGUUGGUCUAUUUUUCAGUCAAUGACCUCAGUGUAUUCAGUUCAUCCCCAAGAAGAGCAUUAUGGUUGCAUUGUUGACUUAUUGGGUCGGGCAGGGCAUUUAGAAGAAGGAUACAAGUUUCUAAAGCUAUCCUUGUUAACUGAUAAAUCCAGCAUAUAUCUUGCUCUACUCUCUGCUUGCAGAACUCACGGAAAUACACUGCUUGGACAUAUUAUUAGCAAAGAGAUCCUUGAGCAUGGACCACAUAACCCAGGUACUUAUGCUUUGAUUUCAGAUGUGUAUGCUCAGGAAGGACAGUGGAAUGAAUCUGCUAAUUUACGGGCCAGCACUAACGGAAGUGGUUUAAAGAAACUUCCUGGUUCCAGUUUGAUGGAAUCAGUGUAGGAAGCAAUCAACCUGGGCAGAAAAAGGUGCAUCAGGAAUUCAGGAUUGCACGUUGCUGUUAAUGUUUUUGCCUCUCUGACCGUUUGGUUUGUAAACAGACAGAAGAGUUAUGUUAUAUGUUGUAAAGUCAAUCUUUUUAACCUUGUAUUACCACUUCGGUCACUUUU